UUGUAUGUGUCAUUUAAACCUGACUACCCAUGCGAUCAAUGUGAAGCGAUCUCGGUAAUGGAAAGCUGUGUCAACGAUCUUCGGAAAUGGAUGAUUCAAGAUAAAUUGAAACUAAAUGACGGUAAAACUGAACUGUUAAUAAUUGGAUCUAAGCAGCAACUGCACAAACUUAACCCAUGCCAUGUACGUGUCGGGAAUGCUGAUGUCCUUCCUGUACCAAUAGCUCGUGAUCUAGGAGUUUGGCUUGAUUCAAAUUUAAAAAUGUCAUGUCAUAUAACAAAGACAUGUGGUGCCGCAUUCUAUUGGCUUCACAACAUCAAACGCAUCAGCAA